AUGGCACACUACCGUGUAUGUGCGAUAAAGAUUCUCCAGAAGUCUGGUAAAGCCAUCUCCAGGUUGAUGUAUGAGCAUGGCACACUACCGUGGCAGGGACCGGAGCCGUUGAUCAUGCCAGCGCCAUUUCCAGGAGUACGGAUUGAGCAGGUGCCUGUGAGGCCUCUGCACGAUAGGGAUGCCGACAAUCAGGUGGACCCCCCACCACCAUAUCGCCCGCGACGCUACUAUCAGGCUUAUGAUGAUCCACAUGCGACUGCUACUGUUCCACCUCUGAGUCCUGGUCAUAUUGUUCCACCUCAGUCUUCUACUUGUGUGAGUUGUCCUACUCUUAGUGAUCCACCGACUCCUUAUUCUCCACCUGGUUUUGAGCCUAUUGCUUCACCUGUGAGUUUUGAGCCUACUGCUCCACUCAAUCCUGAUUUUACUACCCCACAAGAGAGCCCUGAUGAUGGACUACGAUGUAUUUGA